AUGUCCUUCCCCUUAACCUACCCCACCACCCGCUCUCUAACGGGCGGCGACCUUCUUGCCCAGUCUCUCAAGCAGCUCGGCGUGACCGUUGCUUUUGGCUUACAUGGCGGACACCUAGACGCCUUCCUCAUGGGCUGCGAGAGCGUCGGAAUCAGGCUCAUUGAUACGAGACACGAGACAGCAGCCGUACAAGCCGCCGAGGGCUACGCAAAGGUUUCAGCGGGUAUUGGUGUUGCAUUUGUGACGGCGAAUAGCGGGUUUUCAAACGGUAUCCCCGGCCUCGCAUCCGCACUCGCAGAUCGCUCCCCGAUCCUGGUGGUAACCUCGUCGCCGCCGCUGCGUGACAGCGAAAAUAACUCGCUCCAGGGCAUCAUUGAUCAGGUCGUCGCAAGUCGGACGUUGACAAAGUUUGCGCAUCGAGUUACAAAUCCUGAGGAUGCGCCGAGGUUGGUUAGUUUGGCUGUCAGGACGGCGACGGCGGGAGCGCCGGGGCCGGCACUGCUUGACUUCCCUAUUGAUGUGCUUUUCACGCCGGUGCAUGAGAAUUUGAUUUCGUGGGGGUCAAUUACGUCUCCGCGUUCUUAUGCGCCGGGUCCACAUGUUGAGGCUGUUAAGGACGCUGUGGGUUUGCUUAAAGCUGCGACAAGGCCGGCCAUCAUCAUCGGUAGUGGAGGACAGGGGGAGGAGACAACGGCACACCUCCUCUCCCUCUCAAACAGCCACAACAUACCCGUCUUCGACACGCAAAAAUGCAUGCUCUCCUCGACGCUAUCCUGGAAAUGCAAGUUCUACGGCGGAUCGGCUGAUAAACUCGCUCUCCUGCCUGCUGUUCAAGCCCCCCAUCCAGACUUGAUCUUCCUCCUCGGCGCACGAACAGGCAUGUUCCUAGGCGGCCGCAGCGGGGCAAUCAUUCCAUUUCAUGACAAAUGCAAGCUGAUCCACGUUGACGUUGACGGGGGCGAGAUCGGCCGCACGCUCCCUGUCGACCUGGGUGUUAUCUCGGACGUGGGACAAUUCGUUUCUUCUUUGGAUGAUCAACUCAGGUCACUACCCGCAACAGGGAACAAAAAAACCGACGCAGAUUGGGUAAGCAAAGUAAUAUCCAUUAAAGCACGCCCAUCCCCCUGGGACUCAGAUCGGGAAACCACGCUCUCGGGCCGGAUGCAUCCACACCACGCUCUCAAGGCACUCUUCACCUCUCUUUCAUCAGACCCUCGUAUCCAAGACCCCAUCCUUGUUCUUGAUGGUGGAGAAUGCGCCCUCUGGGCUCAUAGCCUCGCUCAUAUCUUAAAUCCACGCGCAAUACUUAAGUCCACUGGUGCCCUCGGGUUCCUGGGGAACGGAUUUGGAUAUACCCUAGGCGCGGCUAUCGCAGCACCAAGGACCAAAGUUAUAAAUGUGCAGGGUGACGGGUCUGCCGGAUUUCAUCUUAUGGAGCUAGAUACGUAUGCAAGGCUGGGUGUUGAGGUUAUUACUGUUGUGAUGAAUAAUCAUUGCUGGGGAAUGAGCAGUAAUGGACAGCAGCUGGUUUAUGGGGACUUAAACCCGAAAAGGCCGGUCAGUACCCUGUCCGCCGUUACAGAGUAUGCAGACGUCUCGAGGGGCUUAGGGAAUAGGGGUUUCAAGGCACAGCGAGUUGAGGAGGUUCUUGAUGCUGCCCACGAGCUUCUGGAACGGGAAGGCCCGGCGUGUCUGGAGUUGAUUGUGGACUCAAAGCCCAUCCACCCGGUUACGGAGAUGAUGGUUGGGAAGACGGAGGAUCCGGACUUGGUGGUUGUUCCUUACUAUGACAAUAUCCCUAGGGCUUAUUACAAAGUCUAG